AUGGAUAUGUUAUGUGGUGUUCAUUGCAUAAACUCGUUAUUAUAAGGCCCAUUUUUUAAUGAAAUAGAACUAGCUUCUAUAGCUCGCGAAUUAGAUGAACAAGAGAAAUUAUUAAUGAUUUAAUAGGGUUCAUAAAAUGUAGGAGAUGAUGGAAACUAUUCUAUAUAGGUAUUAUAAUAAGCUUUGUAAAAAAUGGGAAAUUUAAUAAUAGAAAGCGUAGAUUCAUAAAUUAAUAAGGCAUAAGAUCUAAGUUCAGAAUAAGGAUUUAUAUGUAAUUCCGCUAACCAUUGGUUUGCAAUAAGAAAAGUAAAUAAUAUUUGGUAUAAUUUAAAUUCAACAAAUUAAUUUGGACCAGAAAUAAUAUCUGAAUUUUAUUUAAGUGCUUUUUUAUUGUCAGUGAAGGAAAAUGGCUAUUCAAUUUUUGUUGUAAGAGGAGAUUAUCCAAAUAAUGAUUAAAGUCCUUUCUAAAAAUGGUUUAUUGAGAGUGAAUUAAAAUAAAUUCACUAAUAAAGAAUUAAAGAUAAAGAUAAAAAUUAUAAACUUAAUAUUGGAGGUACAGAUGAAAGAGAUCUUGAAAGGGCUAUUAAAAAGUCUAUGAAAUAAUAUACUUAGGAUAAUUAAUAGAAAUAGAAAAUGGAAUAAGAGGAUGAUGAUUAUGAAAGUAAAUAAAAGGAAUAAGAAGAAAGCAAUAAAUUUAUUGCUUUUUAAGGAUAAGGUCAUUCUUUAAUUUAAUAAUAGUAAAAGAAAGAUGAACCUUUGGAAGAAUAUUUCAGCUAAUUUGCUGUUAAUUAAGAAGAUCCUGAACUUCUGUUUGUUCUUAAAAUGUCUCUCGAAUAAAAAUUCGAAAAAAGACCUGAGCAAGGGAUUACUUUAUAAUUUAGGUUUACAGAAGGAUUUAAAAAAGAUUGGACUUUCAAUCAAUAAGAUUAAAUUAGGCCAUAAGCCAACAAAUAUUUUAAAAAUUAACCUGUUAAUAAUGUUAGAAUAACAGCUGCUACAAAAGAUCGCGCAGAAGCAGCAAAAUUAUAUAUAGAGAAAAAGUAUGCAAAAAUGUUAUAAAAAGAAAUUGAAAACAAAGAAUAUUGGAAUGAAUUAUAUAAAAAAAUGUAAGAAAUGUAAUUUACUCCCUAAGAGUAAAUGAUAAUAAAACAUAAUAUAAUUUAAAAAGAAGGUGAACAUUUAAGAAAAUUUCGAUCAAAAAAAUCUACUAAGGAUUAUGAGCCAUUAACAAUAAUAGGUAGAGGAGCUUUUGGUGAAGUAAGAAUUUGUCGAGAUAAGCAAACAUAAGAAAUAGUUGCAAUAAAAAGAAUGAAAAAAUAAGACAUGAGUUCGAAAGCUUAAAUAGGACAUAUAAGGUCUGAAAGAGAUGUAUUAUCAACAUCAGGUAAUCCAUGGAUAAUAGAAUUAAAAUAAUCUUUUUAAGAUGAUAAAUAUCUCUAUUUAGUUAUGGAUUAUAUGCCAGGAGGGGAUUUAAUGAAUGUUCUUAUAAAGAAAGACAUUUUAACAGAAGAAGAAGCAAAAUUUUACAUAGCUGAAAUAUUAUUAGCAAUAGAAUCCGUACAUAAAAUGAAUUAUAUUCAUAGAGACCUUAAACCUGAUAAUAUUUUAAUAGGAGCAGAUGGACAUAUAAAACUUUCAGAUUUUGGUUUAUGUAAAUAAACAGAAAUUAGACCUUUAAUAACUUUCGGGAAAAAAGAAGAGCUUGAUCAAGAUGCAAUAAAAGCUAAUCCAAAUUUAUUAUUAACAAAAAGACCUCUUAAUUAUAAAAAAAAUAGACAUCUUGCUUUCUCUACUGUUGGUACUCCUGAUUAUAUUGCUCCAGAAGUCUUUGGUUAAAGUGGAUAUACAGAAACAGUUGAUUGGUGGAGUUUAGGUAUAAUACUAUUUGAAAUGCUAGUCGGAUAUCCACCGUUUUAUAGUGAUGAUCCUCCUAUAACUUGUUAGAAAAUUAUUUAAUGGAAAAAAAUAUUUUCAAUACCUGCUGAAGCUAAUUUAUCUAUUGCUGCCUAAGAUUUAAUAAGAAAACUUAUUGCAGAUUCUUAAGAAAGAUUAGGUAGGAACGGAGCUACUGAAAUUAAAAUACAUCCUUUUUUUGAAGGCAUAAAUUGGAAAAAAAUCAGAGAAAAAAAGGCUCCAUACAUCCCUGAAGUUCUUUUUUUUAUUAUAAAGAAACAAAAAUAAAAAUCAAAAGGUUAAGAGCAUAGAUGAUCCUAGUAAUUUCGACAAAUUUGAAGAUCAAGGAGAUCCUUGGGAAAUUUAAAAU